AUGGAAAAAAAAAAAGGAAAAUUGCCUGAACAAGAUUCAACUAUAGCGAGCAAAUCGAAAAAUGCAUAUUACACACAACCUGCAUUGUGUACAGAUACAGGCUCCGAAGGAAUUUAUAACAGCAAUUCAAAUAUAAUAAGAUGUAUGGAGAGAGAUGAUGCGAGCGCGCGUCGUAAUAUAAAUUUUAAUUCUAAUACGAUUCUAAGUUUUUUAUAUAAUAUCUUUUGUAUAUUGGGAAUUAUAUGCGCUUGGGGAACAGUGGAUUCUUUCGUUGAUGUUAUAUCAGGAAAAGACAUGUACAUUUCUCUGAUUUGUUAUUCCAUAUUAUUAUUUAUAGCUUUAAGUUUUUUAAUAUACUACGUAUAUUUUAUAGAUAGAGAUUACAGGCCUUGUGAUAUUUUUUAA